AUGGCUUCUUUGUUUCUCAACUCUCAUACGGCUACCCUUCUUCCCCAUUUAAUUGACCGCAGUGGUGUUGCGACAAGAAAUUUACAUGAUAGUUUGAGUUGCAAAGGCUUUGUGCAAGAAAAUCACUGGCCGAGCACAAAGAAGUUUUCGAUAAGUUGUGCAAAAGAAAAGGACAUGGACAUGAGCUUGUCCGCUGUUGCUACUGAUGUUGUUGAUUUGGAUAUUGACGUCAAAGAUGAAGAGUUAAUUAGGGAGCCAAGUGUCUCCACAAUGCUGAUGAAUUUUGCUAAUGAGUUUGAUCCUUACGAUUCCAUGAGUACUCCUCUUUAUCAAACUGCAACUUUCAAGCAGCCUUCGGCAACAGAGUGCGGCCCUUAUGAUUAUUCGAGAUGUGCAAAUCCAACCAGAGAUACUUUAGAAAGACUCUUGGCUAAGCUUGAUAAAGCCAACAGAGCAUUAUGCUUCUCUAGUGGAAUGGCUGCUUUAUCGGCCGUCACCCGUCUGGUUGGAAGUGGUAAUGAGAUUGUUGCUGGAGAUGACAUGUACGGUGGUUCUGAUAAGCUGUUAUCACAAUUUGUUCCCAACUCAGGAAUUGUGGUUAAGCGUGUUGAUACAACUAACUUAGAUGAGGUUGCAUCCGCAAUCACCUCCAACACUAAACUUGUCUGGAUUGAGAGCCUUACCAAUCCUCGUCAACAAAUUUCCGACAUUCGUAAAAUAGCUAACAUUGCACAUGCUAAUGGAGCACUUUUAUUGGUCGAUAACAGCAUGAUGUCUCCUGUCUUGUGUCAACCCUUAGAACUUGGAGCAGACAUCGCCAUGCAGUCUGCCACAAAAUUUGUUUCGGGUCACAGCGAUGUGACGGCUGGCGUACUAGCUGUUAGGGGAGAAAGCUUGGCUAGAAGUUUGUACGCUAUUCAAAGUGCUGAAGGCGCUGGAUUGGCUCCAUUUGACUGUUGGCUCUGCUUAAGAGGCAUCAAGACCAUGGCUUUACGAGUCGAGAAACAACAGGAAAAUGCUCAAAAAAUAGCAGAAUUCCUCUCCAAUCACCCACGAGUGAAACAGGUUAACUACGCUGGUCUUCCUACUCAUAGAGGACAUGAUUUACACUUUUCCCAGGCCAAGGGUGCUGGAUCUGUUCUCAGUUUCCUAACAGGUUCACUGGCUUUAUCUAAGCAUGUAGCUGAGACAACUGAAUUCUUCAGUAUCACUGUCAGUUUUGGAACUGUGAAGUCCCUUAUCAGUUUGCCGUCUUUCAUGUCGCAUUCAACCAUACCGGCAGAGGUUCGAGAAGCAAGGGGUUUAACUGAAGAUCUUGUUCGAAUUUCUGUGGGUGUUGAAGACGUGAACGAUUUGAUUGCAGAUUUAGACUUUGCCCUUAUGUCUGGACCGUCUGUUGUUUGA